AUGGCUCAGGCACCAAGGUGUCGAGGUGUCGAGCGCCAAGCCCGACAAAAGUUCGCGCGGACCAUCCUGAAUACGCCUUCUGUCCAGGUUUGCGAUUCCACGGCCAGUAUGAUUGUACGGAAAUUCGGGUUGCGGCAGAGCCGCCAACUCCUCGCCCUGACUCGCCAGACUCCGAUCUCCAGACGUUUCCUAUCCACUGAAUUCGAGACACCGGUAGCAAACCCUGCAACCGAAGUGCAGACUCCCCCUAAAGAGACGAUCGUUCCAUCAGAGAACCCCCUCCAUGAAGUGGUGCAGGCAUCAAGGACACAAAAAACCGCAGAGGCGGAAGCCUGGGGACGCUGGGUAGGGCAACGACGCAAGUUCAACCGAAUCGGCAGCGAAGUCGAAGAAGCCUAUGACCCCGAAAUGGUAAUCAGGAGCCCGCCCCGUCCAUCCGACAUCACACUCGAGCUCCUCCUCGCCUCAGGCACACAUCUGGGCCACUCGACAUCGCGCUGGAACCCACAGAACUCCCGAUAUAUCUUCGGUAUCCGCGAGGGCGUGCACAUCAUCUCCCUGGACGCCACAGCCGCCUACCUGCGCCGCGCAGCCAAGGUCGUUGAGGAAGUCGCCGCACGGGGCGGCAUCAUCCUGUUCGCGGGAACCCGCAAGGGCCAGAAGCGGGCUGUCGUGCGGGCCGCCGAGCUGGCCAAGGGCUACCAUAUCUUCGAGCGGUGGAUUCCCGGUGCGCUUACGAACGGACAGCAGAUUCUGGGACACUGUGAGACGAUGGUGGUCAAUGCGGUUGAUGAGAAGCUGGAGGAGUUCAAGCGAGACCUUGCGGAUAGACCGUCCGUGAAGCCUGAUCUGGUGGUUUGUUUGAACCCGCUGGAGAAUGUGGUCAUGUUGCACGAGUGUGGAUUGAACAACGUGCCUACUAUUGGUAUUAUUGAUACCGACGCAGAUCCCACUCGUGUGACUUAUCCCAUCCCGGCUAAUGACGACAGCCUGCGUGCUACGGAUCUGAUCGUUGGGAUUCUGGGCCGUGCUGGUCAGGCUGGUCAGAAGAGACGCCUUGAGGCUGCUCAGGAGGGUAAGACUACCUACAAGCCUAUCACGGCCGAGCAGUUGCGUCUGGAUCCAUUCACCGGUGUGCUGCCUGGUAGUGAGCAGAAGAAGCAGUUUUAA